AUGACUGCUGUGGCAUCCCCACCUAGUGUGCAAUCGGGGUCUCGCUUGGGAUGGUACAGCACUGGUAACGGAGGACAAGGAGCCCUGUCUUCAGUGAACGCCGACGAAGUUUCACGGAUGUUCAUGCCUCGGAAGCACGUCCACCGCUCCAACUCCUCCUCUUCCCUCGCAUCGAACUCCUCCACAUCUACGGUGACCAGCAACCAGCAGGAGGCCCACGCCACGCAAAAUACUGGCGCCGAAGCUGGAACCUGGUCAUCAAAGAAGAAACCUACUCGGAACCUUUGGCCUAGCUCCAAGGCUGAGCCUGUGUCUGGAGUAACAAACACGCGAUCACAAGCAGUUCCCGCUUUCUCCUCGGGUCCGACUGCAUCAUCGACCAUGUCUGCUAUGCAUCAACCAUCGUCUAUUGUCCCAUCACAACAUAUGCUCCAAUCAUCCCAGCAGAAUGGAAUCAGGCAAUCUAAUGGGCAAUCUGCGGACCCCCCUGCCAUCCUGGCCCUGACACCUUUGAACGGUACAUUUGAGAAGAAGCAAAUCAACGUACCUUUUUUCCCUGAUGUCCUGCGAAUCGGUCGUCAGACGAAUGCUAAGACAGUUCCCACGCCGUUGAAUGGGUACUUCGAUUCUAAGGUCCUAUCGCGGCAGCAUGCUGAGAUAUGGGCUGACAAGGUCGGGAAAAUCUGGAUACGUGACGUCAAAUCGUCAAAUGGAACCUUCGUGAAUGGCCAGCGACUUUCUCCUGAGAAUCGCGAAUCAGAGGCGCAUGAGCUUCGCGAAAACGACACCUUGGAGUUAGGCAUCGACAUUGUCAGUGAAGAUCAGAACACCAUUGUUCAUCAUAAGGUCUCAGCUAAGGUUGAGCACGCUGGUCUGUAUGGAACAACCCCCAACAUUCUUGACCUCAAUUACGGAGACUUAGACCCUGCCUCUGGCGGUGGCCUUCUACCAUCGCCCCUUAGCCAACCACUUUCCCAUCUCCGAGGGCGAUCUGGCAGCAAUGUGAGUAACAGAAGUGCCCAGAGUGCCUCCAGCAAUCAGAUCAAUGCCAUGCACCAGCAACGACAAAUGAAUUACUGGAGUUCCCCUAUUUCUGUGGAACAGGUCGUCAAAAGGCUCACGAGCGAGUUGAAAUCAGCGAAGCAACAGUCUCAGGAUCUUCGUCAGACGGACGAAUUUUUAACCGCAAUCAUGAAACCAGGCUAUCCUGAGAAAGAAAGGGCUACGAAACCGACUUCUUUCGAGAACAGUGCUCCUCGUCAGCUAAAUGGCCGGCCAAAAAUGCCCCGUGUUGACUCUUUCUCCCGGUUCUCGGAACCGCCUGCCCUUCCUCCCCAGCAACCUCUCCCAGAGAAGCCCGAUGCCAUGCCCCGUUCCGCGUCUGAUUUCUCUCCCUUGAAACGCAGUGACACCGACAAGCAACCUAAAUUGGCCUCUAGUAAUUCGCCCGUUUCGCGUGAUUCGAGCCAAAUUCUGUCUCUUGUUGAGGCACUUUCAUCUGCCAAGCGAGAAAUCGAUAACCAGGGUGCCCGUGUCAAGGAGCUGGAAAACCUGCUUCUCCAGGAACGGGCCGCUCGCGAGUCUGCGGAAGAGAAGAUCAAGAAGCUGGAAUUGGAUUCCGCAUCCGACGAAGGUUCCAAGUCGAAAAACGCUGUUCAUCGUCCAGAGGAAGAGCCAACGAUCAAGCUCGAGCAUGAUGACUCGACAACUAUCCCCGCAGAGACUCCUGCGCCUUGUGAAGCCGACCAGAAAGAGCCAUCUGCGGAGGUCAAUGCCACGCUGCUUCAGCGCCGCCUUGAGAAUAUGAUGGAAGAGAUGGAGGAAUUGAGGAAGCAGAUGGCCUCAUUCAAGGAGCGUGCCGAGAAAGCCGAAGAUGAAUCGGCCGAGUCGCGAAAGUCCCUGGCUGAAAUGAUCGAGACCCUCCGAAAGGAGCGUACCGAGAAAGAAUCGGCUUCCACCGCCUCGGAUCUAGAUUCACAUAGUCAAAUUUCGGUGACGACCGUUUCUGCACAACUUCCGACAGAGAAUGGGUCAAUUGAGUCCAAGAUGGAUUGCACAUCCUCACAUCGACACGGCCCAGUCACCUCGAAUGAAUUAGAGGCUGCGGCCACUGCCUUUGCCACACAACACCGGCGCAAUUUCCUGGAGGAAGCAAGCCCUUAUGCAUCCAUGUUCGGGGUGGUUCUUCUGGGGGUUGGCUUAAUGGCCUAUCUUAACGGGUGGCAAAAGAUGGACAAAUAA